GAAUAAUUUAGAAUUAAGUGUUUGAUUUUAUAAUUAGAUGUUUAAGUUAUAAUUAUUAAAAAAAAAAGAAGUUGAUAUCAAAUAUUCUCAAAAAUGGAUUUCUUAGAAUAUACCGAUGUAAUUGCAGAAGUUAAAGGAGCUAUGACUCCUGGACGAUUAAAACUCACAGAUCAACAUUUGAUUUUCAAAAAUCAAAAAACAGGAAAAGUUGAACAAAUUUCAGCGACAGAUAUGGAAACGGUAAAUUAUCAGAAGUUUAUUGGUACCUGGGGUCUUAGAAUAUUUCUUAAAAAUGGAACAUUACAUAGGUUUCGUGGAUUUAAAGAAGGUGAUCAAGAAAAAAUUGCAAAAUUCUUUACUCAAAACUAUAAAAAAGAUAUGCUAGAAAAAGAACUUAGUUUAAAAGGUUGGAAUUGGGGCACAGCUAGGUUUAAUGGUUCUGUAUUAAGUUUUGAUGUUGGUCAUCAUACUGCCUUUGAAAUUCCAUUGUAUGAUGUAUCGCAAUGUAACACUGGUAAAAAUGAAGUUACAUUGGAAUUUCAUCAGAAUGAUGACGCUCCUGUAAGUUUAAUGGAAAUGAGAUUUCAUAUUCCGGUUAGUGAUAGUGCAGAUCAAGAUCCAGUAGAAGCAUUUCAUCAACAAGUUAUGGAAAAAGCAUCUGUUAUUAGUGUCAGUGGAGAUGCCAUUGCCAUAUUUAGAGAAAUUCAGUGUCUUACACCUCGUGGUCGUUAUGAUAUAAAAAUAUUUCAAUCAUUUUUUCAAUUACAUGGAAAAACUUUUGAUUACAAAAUUCCAAUGUCAACUGUUUUAAGGCUAUUCUUAUUACCACAUAAAGAUAAUAGACAAAUGUAUUUUGUGGUCAGUUUAGAUCCACCAAUUAAACAGGGUCAAACACGUUAUCAUUAUUUAGUAUUAUUGUUUAAUCAAGAAGAAGAAACUUCAAUUGAACUACCUUUUUCUGAAAAAGAACUAAAAGAAAAAUAUGAGGAUAAAUUAUCAAAAGAAUUAUCUGGACCAACUUUUGAAGUUUUAGGAAAAGUAAUGAAAGUCAUUAUUAAUAGGAAACUUACUGGUCCUGGAAAUUUCAUUAGCCAUUCUGGAACACUUGCAAUUAGUUGUUCUUUUAAAGCAGCUGCAGGUUAUUUAUAUCCUUUAGAAAGAGGUUUCAUUUAUGUUCAUAAACCACCAAUUCAUAUUCGUUUUGAAGAAAUCGCAUCAGUUAAUUUUGCCCGUGGUGGAGGUUCUACUAGGUCAUUUGAUUUUGAAAUUGAAUUGACUAGUGGUGUUGUUCAUACAUUUAGUAGUAUCGAAAAAGAAGAAUAUGGGAAACUUUUUGAUUUUAUUACUUCCAAAAAAUUAAGAGUGAAGAAUAGAGGCAAGAGUGAUAAAUUAAAUUAUGAUAAUGAUUUUGGAGAUAGCGAUCAAGAAGAUGAACCAGAUGCUUAUUUAGCAAGAGUUAAAGCUGAAGCAGAAGAAAGAGAUGCAGAAGAAAAUCAAGAUUCUGAAGAAGAAUCUACUGAUGAAGAUUUCAAUCCUAAUCAAGAUGAGAGUGAUGUAGCAGAAGAAUAUGAUAGUAAUCCAAAUAGUUCAGAAAGUGAAAAUGAUUCAGAUGUUUCUGGAAAAAGUCAAAAAAAAGAAAAGAAGGAAAAGAAAGAAAAGAAAUCAAAAUCCGCUAAAACUGUGUCAGAAAAACCAAGGAAACCUCGAAAACAAAAAAAAGAAAAGGAUACAAAUAAACCAAAAAGACCACCAACUGCAUUUAUGAUGUGGUUAAACAGUGCUCGAGAAAGGAUUAAAGCUGAAAAUCCUGGAAUUGCAGUUACAGAAAUUGCAAAAAAGGGUGGAGAAAUGUGGAGAGAACUUAAAGAUAAAUCUGAAUGGGAACAAAAAGCAGCAAAAGCAAAGAAAGAUUAUUCUGCAUCAAUGAAAGAAUAUGAAGCUAGUGCAAGUGGUCAGAAAGAUAAAAAAGAAAAGGGAGAAAAGAAAAAAAAAGAAAACAAAAAAGAAUCUCCUAACAAGCUUAUGUCAGGAACCAGUUUUAAAAGUAAAGAAUAUAUUAGUGAUGAUGAGAGCAGUAGCGAUGAGGACAAUAAGAAAUCAGAAAAGAAAGGAUCGGAUGAAGAUAGUGAUAAAGAAAAAAAAAAAGGAGAUAAGCGUACUGCGGAAGAUGAUGAUAAAAAAGUGAAGAAAGGAAAGAAAGAACAAUCUGAUGAAGGUAGUGAUGAUGAACCUAUUGAAAGUACUCCACCUUCUAGCGAAGCAGAAUUUAAAGAUAGUGAUUAAUUAAUUAUAUUUUGUAAUUUUUCUUUUAAUUUUUUUCUAUAUACAAGUACAUAUUUUUUUAAAAAUAUUAAAAUGUGUUCUAAAAUAAUAUACUGAAUAUUUAUAGUUGACUAUUCAUUUAUGUAAAUUCUUUUUAAUGUGUUUAGAAUAUUAUAAUAUACAAACGAGAUGUUAAAAAGAAAGAGUAUAAAAUUUUAAAAGUUAAUAAUAUUUAUCAAGAACAAAAAAGAACAUUCUGUAUUUUUUAUUAACAAACAUUCGAUAUUGUGAAUAAUUUUCUUUGUGGCACAUUGAAUGUAAAUAGAAAAAUUUAGAAAAACAUUAAAAUUAAAAUUUUAAUAUAAUUAUUAUUAAUAUUAAUUAAUAUUAAUAGAAGUUAUUUCAUAGAUAAUAGUAAACAAAAUUACCAAAGAUAAAAAUUGUCAGAGUUAUGUAUAAAAUGCAUAUUAACUAUUUUUAUGUUCGAGUAAUAAAAAAAUGUGAAUUGACUUGAAAAUAACAGUUUUUUACGUUUAAUAUCAAAUAAAUUAAAAAUUUGCAUUUCUAUAAAAUGAUAUUCUAAGUUAAUGUUCUUUCUGAGUUAAUGUUCUUUUAAAUUUCUCUAUAUUCAAUAUGUUGUAAAGAAAUUCAUUUACAAUAUCAAAUUCAUCAAUAAAUAUAAAAAUAAAAAUAAAUUUUAUAUCGAAAGAUCAAUUGUAUCUAUAUUGAUUAGAUAUUUUUUGCUUCUUAUGAUUAUUGUAAGUUCUUAAAAUUGGACGUUUUUUUUUAAUUCUUUAUAAUAUAAUAAUAGCCAGUUGCCAGUUGUAUAGAAAAAAGUUGUUUAGAAUCUUGUUGUAUACAAUAUAUUUAAAAAUCUUUGAAAUCGAAGUGAAAAUUUAUUUUUUUUACAAGUUCAUCAUAUACAUAUUUAUUAUUACACAUUUAAUUUAUAAUUAUAUAAAAAUGUUUUUAGUAAACACAUAAGAAUAUGUCUUUUUUAGUAACAAAGAAGUAACUUUAAAAAAUAUUUACAAAUUUUAAAUAUGAGUUUUAAAAAUAUUUAAUUCAUGACAUUAAGUAUUUUAAUAUAAGAUAUAGGAUAAAUAAAUAAUAUUAGAAAAUACUGCAUCAAAAUUUAUGAAUUUAUACUUCUUUCGAAUAUAUUGAAUUAGAAUUCUAAUUAGCAUCUAAUUAGCAUUUUUUUUAGUAUUAUUAAAUCAGUCAGAAUGUAGUGUCAGAUUCUAAAAAUCUAGAACAGAAUUGCUCUUUGAGAAUUGAGGAAAAAAUUAUUAAUAUAAGUAGCGACGGUAAUGUAGCUAGAAAUAAGUAAUAUAUUUCUUUAAAAAGGAAUUUUUAUGGCUGAUCUUGUUACAGAUUUAUAAGGAUUUAGAAAACUGAAAAUGUGGAUUGAUAGCUUAUGGAUUCAUUCUACUUAUCGGAAUAUGCAGGAGAUAUUCAAAAUACAAUAUUAUAAAAUAUAAAUUAAAUUUUAUUGUUUGAUAUUUUUAUUUAUAAAAUUAUUUUGAAAUUUAUAAAAAAAUUUCAUAUUUAAUUAAAUGUUUGAUCAAUUAAA